AAAGCCACGGCGCUCAAGGCGCUGCACGUCCCGGGAACACCACUCCGGCUCGCCAACGUGUACGACGCGGCGUCGGCACGCGCCGUGGCCGCGCUCCCGGGGUGCCGCGCGCUCGCGACGGCCUCGUACGCGCUGGCACAGAUGAUCGGCAAGACGGACGAGACAAUCUCGCUGGACGACACGAUCUCGCUCGUGCGGCCCAUCGCCGCCGUCGCGACAGACCCAAACACCAACCUGCCGCUGACGGUCGACCUGCAGGACGGCUACGCGGGGCCGGGCGACAUGGCACGCCUGCGCGAGGUUGUGCGGCUGGCCAUCACCGAGCUGGGCGCCGCGGGCGCGAACAUCGAGGACUCGUGGCACGAGAAUGCCGCUGGGGAAAUGAUGGGCGAGGACGAGGCGGUGGUGCGCAUCGGCGCUGUGCUGGGCGCGGCGGCCGAGCUCGGCGUGCGCGACUUUGUGCUCAACGCGCGCUCCGACACGUUCCACGCAGGCGCGCCGGGGGGGCUGGACGAGUCGAUCCGCCGGGGCAAGCGGUAUCUGCGGGCCGGCGCCACGACGGUGUUUAUCCUGUGGCCGAGAGCGGCCGAGAUGCGGGCCGAGGAUGUGCGGCGCGCGGCGGACGAGCUCGGCGGCAUGGUCAACGUGACGUACCGGCGCGGCGGGACGCUGACGGCGGCGCACCUGGCGCGGCUGGGCGUGGCGCGCAUCAGCAUGGGCCCGCAUUUGUAUCUCGUUGCGGCUGAGGCGCGGAGCAAGGCGGCGAGCGAC